AAAAAAACAGCAUUAUCGUUGUGUAAAACUAAACGUGAAGGGAUUGCUAUUGUUUUGGAUCUUAAUCGCAACGUCGUCUGUCUCUUGCUCGUUUACGUUUAACGUUCACUUUUUCUUUUCGUUUCCCUUUCUUUGCAAUACCUUUUUGUUUUUGUAUCUUUUUCUAUUUUCGCGUGACCGCCAUAGGAGUAAUCAAGUAAUUGCGAUGUGUGAUAAUACUAACACGACGACGCAGAGUAUAGCGGACUACCUGUCACAGUUACUAAAAGAUCGAAAGCAGUUAGCUGCUUUCCCUAAUGUCUUCAUACAUGUAGAGCGCCUACUAGACGAAGAAAUUGCAAAAGUACGAGCAAGUCUUUUUCAGAUCAGUGGUGUCAAAAAAGAGCCACUGGUCUUGCCAGAACCAGAAGGUGAAGUCACAACACUUAUGGAAAAAGUUUAUGUACCUGUCAAAGAACAUCCAGAUUUUAAUUUUGUUGGAAGAAUCCUUGGACCACGAGGAAUGACAGCCAAACAAUUAGAACAAGAAACAGGAUGUAAAAUUAUGGUUCGGGGGAAAGGGUCUAUGAGGGAUAAAAAGAAGGAAGAGUUAAACCGAGGUAAACCAAACUGGGAACAUCUGACGGAUGAAUUGCAUGUUUUAUUGACAGUCGAGGAUACUGAAAAUCGUGCCACUUUAAAGCUUGCCAGAGCUGUAGAAGAAGUCAAGAAACUUCUUGUUCCCCAGGCUGAUGGAGAAGAUGAGCUAAAGAAACGGCAAUUAAUGGAACUUGCUAUUAUCAACGGUACUUACCGAGAUUCUAACACAAAAGUUGCAGCAGCUACAGCUUGUGAUGAAGAAUGGAGACGUGUUGCAGCGGCUGCGGCAGAAACGCAGCGACUUCUUCCAGGCUUGGCCACACCUAUGAGGACGCCCAGUGCUCCAUUGGGAGCACCAUUAAUACUCUCGCCACGGAUAUCUGUUCCAACGACCGCAGCGUCUCUUCUGAACGGUUCCGGCCCACCAGGAUCGCUUCUUUCUGCCGGUGAUCCACAUGGUUUAAUUUACACACCAUAUGCUGAUUACGCCAACUACGCAGCCUUAGCAGCAUCGCCUCUUCUCACGGAUUACACAGCAGCUGAUCAUUCUGGUGGGUUGUUUGCACGCUGAUCUUAGUUGCAACAACAUUUUUCAUGAAUAUUCUUCGAUUGUUAUUGUUGUUAUUAUUAUUAUUAUUAUUAUUAUUAUUAUUAUUAUUAUUAUUAUUUUUAUUUUUGUUCUUAUUCUUAUUCUUAUUAUUAUUCUUAUUAUUAUUAUUAUUAUUAUUAUUAUUAUUAUUAUUAUUCUUAUUCUUCUUCUUCUUCUUCUUAUUCUUAUUAUUAUUAUUAUUAUUAUUAUUACUAUCAUUAUUAUUGCUGCUAUUUUUCUUGUUGAUCUCUUUUCGAUCUUAUAACAAUUAUAAUAAAAAUGAAGUAGAAUUUACGAAAAAAAUAAGGGAAAGAGAUAUAAAAGAAAUAAUUGAAAGAAAUGAAAAACAAUAUAAUAUAUCUGGAUUUUUUAUCAAUUUUUAAGCUAAUGUUUUUUUGUGGAGAAUCUUCUUUCUUCUAUCUUUUUUAAGUAUAUUUAAGUGAAUCUAAUAAUAAUUAAUGAAUUAUGAAAUAUUUAUAUACUUUGCAAAAGGAAAAAGUUGUUGCUAAAAUUUUAUUUUAUAUUUACUUUCAUAUGAUGUAAUGGUAUAAUUUUGUAUACAGAGUAUCCUAUUCCAUUUUAAAUUUUCUAUCGAUCUAAAUAAAUAAUUGAAGUUAAAUAGUAAUAACUAAUGUCAAAUUGAAUAUUCAAAAAUUAAAAUUAUAUUUUUCAAUAUAUUUAUAAAAUAUAUUGUAUAUAUUUAGAAAAAAUGAAAUAUUUAUUUAUAUAAAAACAAACUUAUUAAAUAUUUUAGAUAUUAAUUAUGAAAUUAUAUACUUUUAAAUUUUUUAUUCUUAACUUUUAUAUAAACAAUUACAUAACAUUUUAUUAAUCUUAAAAUAUUAAUCUUCCAAAUUUAUCAGAGUUCAAUACUACGAAGAAAGAAUAUCGUGAAGUUUCUUAAAAAAAUUUUUUAUAAGUUACAAGUAUAACAAUGGUUACUCUGUAUAAUAAUGUUAAUAUAUGUAUAUAAAUAUAUACAUACCAUUUUACAAACACAAAAUUUUUUUGAAAAUAAAAAUAAUAAAAGAAUUCUCCAUUGAUAAACAAAAAAAUACAUAUUUACAUAUGUGUUUAUAUGUAUUUUUUUGUAUAUACCGUGAAAAAGUUAUAUCGUAAAUUAUUUUGUCGCACUUAAAAGCGAUUAUCAUUAUUAUUAUUGAUAUUAUUAUUAUUUAUAAUUAAUAUUAUCAUUAUUAUUAUUGAUAUUAUUAUUAUUUAUAGUUAAUAUCAUUAUUAUUAUAGAAUUCUAUUAUCAUUACAUAUUAUCUUUUUAUUAUUACUGAUAUAAUCUUAUUAAUGUUAUUAUUGUUUUUGAUAUCAUUACGUUAAAUUUGUGAUUAUCAUUCUGAUUGGCAUGGAAAUCGUGAUGAUUUUAAUAUUAGAAUUUAUUAAUUAGUAAAAAAAUUAAAAAUUUGAUAUUAUUUCAGGUAAUAGGAUUAGAUUGUAUUAUUUUAUUAUUUUAUUAGAUUGUAUUAUUAUUGAAGGUUUAUAUUAAGAAAUUCACAUCAGUCAUUUGCUAGUCGUAUCAGUUUUGAUAAUUAUUUAACAAUGGUUAAUUAUUCAAUAACAUUAUAACUCGCAUUUUUGAAACAGCAGCUAGUAGAAAUAUUUGAUAUGUAUAUCGUAAAGAAAAAGUCGUGGAGUUCCAAAAAAAGAAUUAUAAUAGUUGCUAGAUAUUAAAAUACUAAACAUAUAAUAUUUUAAAUUUUUGUAUCAUAUCGCGUAUUUAUAUGAACAAGAAAAAUAUUGAUUUUGAUAAGAAAAAUUAUUUAAUUUUUAGAUUAUUCCAAAUAUUUAAAUAAUUUUUGGAAUAACUUCGUAAAAUUAUAAAUAAUUUAUGUUCUUUUAUAUUUUGAGUAACAAUAUUAUUUAUUUAUAUCCGGUAUGACUGUUUUUUCUUUUACUUUCAAUGGUAAAAGAAUUAUUUCCUUAAAGGUUGUAUAUUGUUAAAUUUUUAUUGUUAAAGUUUCUGUAUUGUUUAAUAGAAUUAUAAAUUCUAUUUAUAUAAUUACAAAUUUAUUAAAGUAUGUAUUAUGAUUUAAAAAAGUUUAAUCAACCACAUUUUUAUUCAAAAUUUAUCACAGUAUGAUAUGUGGUUUUAAAAUUAUGUUUUCUUGAGAUUUUUUAAGAUAUUUUAACACCUUUGUUUUAUAUACUCGAAUUUCAUUAAUUGUUUAAAACAAGAUUUUAAUACGUACAGUAUUCAAACUCUUACGCGAUUAAUAUAAGAAAUCGAUUUGCAUAUAUGUAUAUACAUAGUUACGCAUAAUCGUAUCGAUUAAAAAAUGAAGACGAAUCUUCUCUUUGUCAAUAAAAUACUCGAUUAUCAUAUGACAAAUUAUACACUCAUACAUUCGUUACCAUUUAUUACACAUAGUGUAAAUCAUCAAUGUGUUCAGUAGAUAUGAUAUGUUUGAAAAAUAAAAUACUCUCAAUUCAAUUAUAAAUUUUAUUAUAAUUGAAAAUAAUAAUAAUUUUCUCUAUAUAUAAUAUGUACAUGAAUAAAUAAUUAUCAAAAUUAAAUUAUUUAUUAAAAAUUAGAUUGAUUGAAAUUUAUUUUUCGUAAAAUUAUAUUUUUUAUAUUAUUUUAUAUUCAUUACACAAUUUUUUAUUAUAUUGUUUGUUUUUUAUUUAUAAUUUUUAUAUAUUUUAUUUAUAUUCUUAUAUCAUUUCUAUCAUCAUUUUCUUAUUGCAUUUAAAUAUUAUAAUAUGCUCAUAUAUUACAUUUAUAGUAUAAGAAAAUUUGUAAUCAAAAAUUCAAUAAAACUUUGAUAUAGAUUUUAUUUAAAAAAUUCCUGAUAUAUAAAAUAUUCGUAUAAAAUAAAAUAUUAAUUAACAAUAUUAAUUAAUGUAAUCUAUUCUAAUUAAAUAGAUCGAAUAAAUAUCGAUUCAAAUGUAAUUUAAAAAUUAUGAUUGAGGAUAUAUAUUGCUCAUAUAAAACAAUAAAUUUAUGCAAUUUAUUAAAUUUUGCAAUUGUGAAUAUGAAAAAAAGAGUCGCUUUUAUGAAUUUUUUUUAGAAGAAAAAAUUUUUAGAACAUCGAUUUAUAUUAAUAACUUAAUUUUGGAUAUAGAAUAUUUAUACAUAAAUAUUAAUGUUUUUAUAUUUUACAUUAUUAAAAGAGAGUUUUAUUUUUUAAAUAUAUCAAAUCCUAUGACAUAUAAUGUAUUUUAUUUGUAUUAUUUAAAAGAAUAUAAAAGAACGAAUGUGCACGUGUUAAUACAUUUGUAUGUUCGAUUCUGUGGUGCAUUGCCAUAUUGAUUAUAUAUUUAUAUAUAUAAAUAUAUAUAUAAAUAUAUAUUAUAUAACGAAUAUUUAAUGAAAUAAUCAAAUAUUAUUUAUUGUUGUAAUUUUAAUAAAAUUAUCGAUAUAAUUUAAAAAAUAGAAAUUAAGAAAAGAAAUAAACCAAUUUCUCGUCAAAGAAAACAUUAAAUAUAUCUCUUUUUUUUCUAUAUUUUCAGAUUUUUAGUUUUUAUAUUUAAUUAAUAUGAUAUAUUAUACAAAUGAAUUUAAUUUUUAUAAGUGCAAUAAGUCAAAUAUAAAUUUUACUAAUAUUAAUACAAAUUAAUAUAAAUUUCAUUAACAUAAAAUAUAAUUUAAUAUAUUUUAUUUAUUGUUGCAAAUUUUGAAAUAUAAUUAUAAAUUUAAAAUAAUUAUAAAUAAUUAUAAAUAUAUAAUUAUAAAUUUAACUAUUACAUAUUGUGGAAUUAUAUUUUUAAAUAUUUAUUAUAUGUAUUUUAUUCUCAUUGAUGCGAGAAAUUUGUUUAUUUUCAGUCCUAAAGUAUUUUAAGGCCUUUUACAAGAUAUAAAUAAAUUUAAAAGUUAUAUCGCAUUUGAAAAAUGAAAAUACUUUAAGUCAAAAGAGUAAGGCCAUUUCUUACAUUUCAUAUGAUAUUAUUAUUAUUUAUUAAAGUUUUACACUAUAAAAAAUAAAUAAACAUUAAAUGUACGCUUAUUAAAUUUAUGUAAAAUUUAAUGUACAACAAUUUGAUACAUAAUUUACAAAUCUAUAUUUCUAGUUAUAAAUCUAUUUUUCUUUUAUUCUAUGUUAAUAAUUGUUUUUUAUAAAAAUUAUAUAAUUAGACAUAUUAAAUAUUUCUAAUUAUAUGCAUAAAAAUAUAUUAUAUUAUCUAUUUAUUUCGUUUUUAUUAGUUUUCAUCAUUUUAUUCUUUAUCUUUUUAAAUCAUAUUGAAAACUAUAUUGAAAUUGUAAAUUAUGUAAAUAAAUAUUUUUCAAAUAUAUGAUUACAAUAUUUUUAAAAAAUUCGAUAUAUAUAUUGAAGCUAGAAUAUAUAUUAGGUGUGCAUAAAGUAAAAAUAAAUUAUUUAAAGAUUAAGAAAAUUAAAUUGAGAUGAAUAAAUUGCGCUCAAUUCUUGUCAUAUAUUGAAUAUAGAGAAUCAUCGUACAAAAAUAUCUUGUAUAUAUCUUUCUCUUAGAGAAAGAAACAUAUAAUAGACAUAUUUAAAUCUAGAAAUUGUAUUUUAUGCAUAAAUAAUAGUUAUCAUUUAGAAAUUAAAAAUAGAUAUUUUUUAUAUAUUUUUACUUUAUCCAUUUUUACUUUCUGAAAAUAAUUGAAUCUGAUUUAUAAAUAAAUCACUAAUUAUUAUAACAAUAGAGAAAACAAUUGUUAUAAACGACUGUCACCAAAACUUGGAAAAUAAUUAUUAUAUGUACAUAUAUAUCUCUUAAAAGAAAAUUAGUCUUUUUUAUGUCAAUAGAUUUUUUUUUACUAAUCAUCGCUUAAAUAAAAUAUUACAUUAACACAUAAAAUAUAAAUUUUUCAGGUUCAAAUAUUAUAGUAAAAAUUUUUUUUAAAAAUAAUUCAAAAUUGAUUAAAAUGAAAUUUAUCAAAACCAAAAAUAUUCAUAAAUAAUUUUUAGUAUUGUAUUAAUAAGAUUAUAUAUUUUAGGAAAUAUUAGUAACAUUUUCUGAAAUUUUUAUACCAAAACUAUAUUUUUAGCUAUAUUUUUAAAUUGUCUUAUUAUUUGUUCUUUCUUUAAAAAAAUAAAAUUUAUUUUCAAUAUUUUUAUAAAAAUUCAUAGAUUCAAAAAUGGAAAAAAAAUUGAAAAUUAAAUAUUAAUAAGAAAUAAGAAGUUAAGUUCUUUUAAUAUUGUCACAAUAUUUUAUAUUUAAUACUAAAAUGUUUCAAAUUUUUCUAGAAUUAUUUCAAUAAUAAUUAAAUGCAAUUUACAUAUAAAAUAUGUAAAAAUUUAUUUUAUUAAACUUUUUAUUCUAACAAAAUUUUAUUUGAUUUUUUAUAAAUUUAAAAUUUUAUAGAUUUAAAAAGCAACAAGAAAAACAAUAUUUUAGGGACCAAAUAUUUUUAUGCACUUAUAUUAGUAUUAAGUAUUAAUAUAUUAUGUAUUCGAUAGAUAAUAAGAAAGAAAAAAAAAAUGAAAAUUUGUAAUGUACAUAUUUAAUAUUUCAUUGAUAUUAUUUUUACGAUGAUUAUGCAUGAAACAAAUAUAUUUUUAAAGAGUCAAAUUAAUGUUAUCAUAUUUAAAUAACAAAAUAUAAGACGGAUAAUUAUUCACUUCUAGAAGAAGUCAUAUUGAUCUAUCUGAAGUCUUAUAUAAAAAUUACAUCAGAUUUUGAAAAUACAUAAAUAUUAAGAUAAAUUAAAAGUAUUAUAAAUAUAAGAAAUUAGUGAUUAAAUGAUUUAUAAUUAAUUAUAAUUCAUUUUAAAUAAUUUUCAAAUAGAUAUAUAUGCGUAUUAGUAGUUUAAGCAUUCUAAGUUUAAUUAAUAGAUUAAUAAAUAUUCUAUAAAUUUCGAAUGUUAAAAAAUAACGACAGUUUAAUAUAAUUAAUGUUUUACUGUUAAA